ACACCCACUCGGCCCAGAACCCAGGAGGAAAAAAAAGAAAGGCGGGGAGGGACGGGGCGGGGCGGAUAGGGGCCCCCUCUCUCGCUUUCUUGCUAGCACGCCCUAACCCAACGGAAUACACCAUGGUCUGGCUGCUGGCGGCGAUCGCGUGCAGGGGGGCAACAGGGCUCCGACUCCGCCUGGGGCCUCUCCUAAACAGCCCCCUCGGGCCCGCUGCCCCUUUCACCCCUCGCUUUCUGCUCCUUCUCGGGCCUGGUCCCAUGCACGCUCAGAUAAGCCUCUUGCGAACGGGAGGCAGCGGAGGCGGCGGCUGUGGCAGCGACAGUGGCAGUGGCAGCGGCAGCGGCAGCAGCAGCCGCCCCAGGAGCAGCGACGGCGUUAGCAGCAGCAGCAGCUUGGGGAGUUCCUGCCCCCAGGACCCGAAGAAAACAGAGACAGCACUCACAGACUCCGGUGUUGUGGAUGAGAAAAAGCAAAGCAAAUCCCAGCAACUGAAAACCGUUUUUAAAGAAUAUGGAGCCGUGGCUGUUUCAUUGCAUAUUGGGAUCUCGCUACUAUCUUUGGGAAUAAUCUACUUGAUUGUUUCAAGUGGCGUGGAUGUAUCUUCCUUUCUCUUCAAACUAGGGCUUGCAGAGUCGUUCCAUAAAUCUAAGAUUGUCACCGGCACAAGCACAUUUGUAAUGGCCUAUGCUGUUCACAAAUUGUUUGCUCCAGUAAGGAUUAGCAUCACGUUAUUUUCUCUGCCAUUACUUGUCAGAUACUUUCGGAGAGUGGGUCUUUUUAAGGCCCCAAGCAGCAAGCCUUGAUUCAUUAACCAGACACAAACUUGUCUUUUAAGUCUUAAGCUUUUGAGGUGUGUGUGUGUGUGUGUGUGUGUAAGUAUAUGUAAAACAAACUCUAUUUAUACUCUGCUAUAAGAAUUUGAUAUAAAAGAAAUUCUCUCUCUCUCUCUCUCUCUCUCUCUCUCUCUCUCUCUCUCUCUCUCUCUCUCUCUCUCUCUCUCUCUCUCUCUCUCUUCUCUCUCUCUCUUUCUCUCUCUCCCCCUUCUUCCCUCCUUCCCUCCCUCCCUCCCUCCCAGACUGGGAUUUAAUGGUGUUGCUGAGUUAAGUAUCCAGAUUAUCACCUUCUCUGGGCCUCAUUUCCCUGUUGGUAAAAUGAGAGGGUGGGCCUAGAUGAUCUCUAAAGUCCUUUCUGAUUCUUACAUUCUGUGAUAGAAUAAAUGUCUGUAUCUUCUCUAAUGUCAGCAAAACUUAAAGGAAUCAAUGCUGAUUCUCAAACACAAAGUUACUCCGUAUUGCUUUCAGGAGGUUGAUGAAUCUACAAAAGCUUCAGAGGGGGCUCAUCUCUGAGUGAGUUAAUAAAGAACAGUGAUUGAAGCUUACUUUUAGAAAUCCUGCCUUUUCUGAUACUUGGCACACUGCCUCUGGCUAAAUGUGGAAUAUUGUUUCUGCAGAACAGCUGCACUUCUAUGAUUAAUGAAGGCAAAUUUGAGGUUUGACACCAUAUAAUCAGGAUCCAAAUUAGCAGCUACACUUUAGUGACACUCAUUAGUUUUGUUUUGGAACAUUUAAAAAAUAGUUCCUGGUAAUGUUUACUUUGUCUUCCAACAGAGCACCUUGGAAUGUAAAUAUUUCAGGACGCUGCCUUACUUUCAUUAAGUUUUUCAGUGGAUCUAGGCCCAGCUGCUCAGUGUGUUCCUUUUUUCAGGUAAACUUAGGGGAAUGUUUUGUUUUGUUUUGCUUUUCAGUAGUAGCUGUGGCAAUACAGGGCCCUUAAGCAUUAUUUAUAAAAACCAAGAAAUUAAAGGGAUGAUCAACCUAUCUGGUUUUUCCUGGAAUUGAGCUAACCAUAAAAGAUCAUGUAUUUUGAGGCCUUUCAAUGUUAAGCCUAACAAAGAGAGAGAAAAAACUCACCAAGUAGUAAGUGAGAAUUUGACCCUGACAUUUGCUUUGAAUAUUGUCCUUGUUGAGGUAUAGCUAAGUCCCCACUUUGUAGCUAGAUGGUGCAGUGAGUCAGGAUCUCAAGUACAGAUCCUGCUUCAGACACCAGCUGUAUGACCCUGCAACCUUUUUCUUUCUCAUUUUCCUCAUCUGAAAAAACAUAGACAAAAAUAGCACCUAACUCCCAGAGUUGUUGUGGGGAUCAUAUAAGACAAAUAUAUGUGAAAUAUUCAGAAUGAAUAAUUAGAAAACUUUGGACUCUGAAGGAAAAAUUGAACUUUAGUUAUAAAAAUCAACUUGCCAGGUGGAUAAUUUUAGAUGCUUUGCAAACCUUAGCUAUUAUUAUUGCUCAAAAAAUUACUAUGCAGAAUUAGAUUAUUUUUCCCCUAGUUUUUCUUUAAAGCAAUUUAUCUUGCUUUGAGUAGAUACACUUGGUGUUCCAGAUUUCAGGGAAUUGUUUUUGUUCUAAAAGUAGGUCAGCUAAAGCAAGGAUAAUUUGUGAAGUGGUUAAAGACACUAAGAAAUAGACACUUUCCUGUCUGCUUUGUCUAGAAGAAACCCCUGAAAGGUUUGGGUUUGGUUUUUUGUUUUUUGGGGGGGGUUUUUGUAUAAUAAAAGGGGUAUGUGUCAGAGUAAUAAGUGAAAUUGUACUUCUUGCCCUUUCAUUCCACUCCCAUUUUACCUGCUAUACCACUUUCAAAGAUUCAGAUGCUUAAAGAAGAACUGAAAUCUCCAAAUGCCUUGAAGGACCAAGUUGCAUCAAUUGAUGUAAUGUUUCUUUUUCUUUUUAAUCAAUGAAGCAAAAAAAAUAGUAAAAUGAAAAUUUUUAUUUAAAAGUAUAAUUACGAUAAAUUUUUUGUAUCAACUGAUAAAUCAGAUUCUAGUAUUAAGGAUUGUGAGGAGUCCCUAAUAAGAAUGUUAAAUAAAAUACUUUAUAUUUGAAAAGUAGCAUAAGCCACCUUGUGGUAUACUCUGCUUCAGAGACCCAUGAUUCUAUUAGUGCAGUGGAUACAGGCUUUACUAAUGUAAAGUAUAGCUGUUACACGCUUUUUAAUAAACUGUUGCAUGAAUUUUUGUGGCUGAAAAAAUGAAAUACAUGGUACCCCAUGUACCACUGAUAACUACAUUCAGGCCAUCUCCAGACUUAUACUAGAGUUUUUCCAGCUGUUGAAGAUCUGAGUAAAUGAACAAGAAAACUUCAUUUUUUUUUUAAUACUUACCUUCAGUCUUGGAAUCAAUACUAAGUACAGAUUCCAAGGCAGAAGAGCUGUAAGGGUGAGGCAGUUGGGGUUAAGUGACUUGCUCAGGGUCACACAGCUAGGAAAUGUCAGAUCAAACUGAACCCAGAUCCUCCUGUCUCCAGGCCUGGUGCACUAUCUACUGAGCCACCUAGCUGCCCUAAGAGAACUCUUAAGUAAUUGCAAUGGUGAUUACAAUAUUAUCUUGACAAGAAAUAUCUAUCUGAGCCACCAUUCCAUUGCAUUUUAAUUAUCCUUUCUGUAGUCGAGAAGAAUGAAAAAUAAGAAAAUCUUUGGACUCUGAGGAGAAAUUGUACUUUAGUUAUAAAAAUCAACUUGCUUAAUAUAUAAUUUUAUAUUUUCAUAGUUGAUUUUCAAGGGAAUAACAAACAACUGGACUUUGUUCUGCUUCUGAGAACAAACCAAGCCAUUUUAAAUUUUCAUUCUGUCUUUGGGGAAAAUUGAAUGUAUAAAUUAUAUGAAAUAUGUAUAGAAGAGGCAUUUUUGUAAAAAUAUGUAAGGCAUAUUUUGCAUAAUGAGAAUAUUUUUAAGCCCAACAGUAAUUGUUUCUGACUUAAGAAGCAGAAGAGACUAUAUUGUACUAUGAGUGUUAUAGAAUUACAAUAAAAUGUUUUGUCAGCA